AUGCUCAUGCCGACACCACACACAUACCUGGCCAUGCCAGAAAGCUCGCCGCAUGCAAUGGACAUUUCAUCGCCAGCUGCCAUGGUCGAAAGUUCAGAUACACAAUCGUUUUCGAUCCCGUAUCCUUCGAUGAUGCAGCACUCGCAGUCACUUCAGCGACAGCAGCAGCAGCAAGGUAUACCAACUUUGGCACCUAUCCUAUCGGCUGCGCCCUCGUCAUCACUACGACGUGCCGACCGAUCCAUGCGGAAAUCCAUGCCUGUUUUAGGCCAGUUCGGCAGUAUGUUGACCUACUCAUCUAGUCCUGAAAGCCCUGAGCAGAAGCAACGGCCUAAGAAGCGCUUGGCAUCCACAAGGCAGCUGCAAGAUGCGUCCUUCGAGACCGAUGGGCCCGAUCGCUGUGUCUUCUUCAGCGAAGAGACCAUAACACAAUCGCAGCCCAUGAACAGAGCUCGCACUCACACACGCACGCAAAGUGAAUCAAUGUGGUGGACGACAACCGCCACCGACAUCCAAGUGCCAGAGACCAGGCCAGUGUCGCCUACACGCACAGUCUCGGCCAUUGGUGAUCACUCUUGCACAGCCGAUAGCAGUGGAAGUGAUUCGUUUCUCGUCCCGACACAACUAAACCAGCCAGAAGCAAAAUCAACAUCGCCUAUGGCGAGCUACUUCUUCGAUCCGCAGUCACCGCAUGUGAGCACCAUAAUAAGUGCGGUGCCAUCAUCGCCUAUGUCAUCACCGAGUCUCGGUGCCGUUGAUCAGGUGCCGUGGAACCAUCGAGCAAGUGCUCCUUUGGUACCCCCUUCCUCCUCGAGGCAAGACUUUGAAGCAGAUCUGCAUGGACUUGACGAUUCUUGUGAUGAAACAGCGCUUAUUCAACAGGGCGGAGGCUCUCCUGUUCGAUCGUCAGUACGCCGAAGCACAUUGGCUGUACCACGACGGAUCAAAACAAUGACCGAGACACUUGGAGCCAAGGAAAACGUGCCACCAGGGCCGUUGUCUUCGAGCAGCACGUCCCUAUCAACACACUCGAUACCUGGCUUCGGCUCACAUGAAAUGGACCAUAAAAUUCUUCCAUGCUUCCCAGUCAAGUGUGACGGACUGAUGCGCGUGACGCCCCAAACUGUGAGCGAGCUAAUGCAGGGGCAUUAUGAUGACCGCAUAUCCGGCUUCCAGAUCGUCGACUGUCGCUUUGCGUACGAACAUGAAGGCGGUCAUAUUGCAGGUGCCGUGAAUUUGAAUACGAUUGAACAGAUUCAUCGGCAUUUCCUUACGCCUGGGCAAGGCCUGCAUGCAGGACGUAUCCUGCCGACCCGCACACAGAGUGGCCAACCCGAUGAGCAUGGCGACAUGCGCAAGUUUGUGCUAAUCUUUCACUGUGAGUUUAGUUACAAGCGCAGUCCGUCUAUGGCACUCGCUCUACGUCAAGCUGAUCGUUCACUUUUUAAUGACUAUCCGAGAUGCUAUUUUCCUGACGUCUACAUUUUGCAAGGCGGUUACGCUGAUUUCUUUCAGUACCGACCAGAUUUGUGUGAGCCGCGUGCUUACAUUGGAAUGGAUGAUCCCCGGUACUUGCAGGCGCGGUCAUCAGAACUUUCUGGCUUCCGCCGACAGUUCUCACGGAACCGUAGCUUUGCAUAUGGUGAUGCACCAACGUUUGGUCGCACUACGUCCGCAUCUGCGACGGCAAUGGCCCAGAUGCGCCGCGCACCAACUCUGGUUCCCACGAACUUUGUGCCUUUGAUGCCAGCUUCAACCAACGCGCACAAGCAAGAUGCACCCGCAGGACGUGCGAAGCGCUCGGGCUCUGCGACCUCUGCUUCUCAGCCUGCAGCGUUCACCGUGACAAAAUCCGCAACUACCGCCACCGCUGCGUCGUCGUUGGCACCACCGAUGCACGAAUCCGUUGCCCGUGACACAAGUUACUCAUCUGGCGACUCGUCGUUUGAAGCAAGUGCCUCAGAUUCGCCAUGUGCUGUAGCUGGAUGGAGCCGGCCUGUCCUGGGCGAAGUCCCACAAUCACGAUCCUCCCUUGCGAACCGACUGUUGAAGCGUGCCGAUACUAUAAACACGAUCUCCACGCUCCCGAUGUAG